CACAUAUCUCUUUGUCAUAAACUGCAAGGAUGGCAUCUUCGUCUUCGUGGACACGGAAGCAGAACGAGCAAUUCGAGAACGCUCUGGCCAAGUACACUAAGGACACACCCGACCGCUGGCACAACAUUGCCAGAGCCGUCACCGGAAAAUCAACCGAUGAAGUCAGGCGCCACUACGAAGCCCUUGAGAAGGACAUCAACAAAAUCGAAAACGAUCAAGUCCCCAUCCCUAACUACAACGACCACAGGUUUCUCAAGAAUCUCAAAUUGCAGUGAUGUUAUCAAUUAUCUUCAGAGUACAUUAUGAAAAUGAAACAACAUUUGAAGUUGCUGAGGCAUAUGUGAUAUAUAGAUAUAUCUCCAUUGCCUCAUGGCAAAACUAUUGUUGUAUUAUCGUGCAUGCAUGUCAACUGUUCAAUAUUAUUAAUGGAAGUCUAUUAUAG